UGGUGCUUGAGUAGUUGGCAAACUUCGUGACGACAGUAGAAAACACUCGAAUGCGGCAAUGGGCCAAGUCCACAGGCAAUCUACAAGAUUGCUCGGAGCACAUUCGUCAUGCAACGUUCCCGUUCCGUCAGCUUUCCCGUGACAGCAUGAUAUUCCAUGGCAUAAAUGGACCACAAUGCGUCUAUUCGAUACACAACUCCAACUUGAGCUGUGCAUGCGUUGGAGACGCCGAGAUCGGAGUAAGGAAGGCCUGUACACGAAUCGGUGCAAUGCGACUGAGCUUCAUGCGCAUGGAUGGCCGCGUGCGCGGUGCUCCACCCUUUUGUGUGCUCUGUGCAUACCACCAAUCAGCUCUCGCCACUGCUGCAGGUCAAAGAACGAAUGGGACAGCAAUACCCAACUGCCCGAUGUCACGCCAGGCUUGGGUGUGGCCCAGUGGCCAGCGUCUUUGUGCUGACACUUCAUUUCCAUCGAGUUGGUGCGUCCAACGGCAUCGCUUUUGGCCUGCCGCCGCAUCGGAUUCUCCAUUGCGGUACUGCCCUCGCGCCCAAGAUGCGUAUCUUUUCCCAAGCGUGGCGGCAUAAACACGCGCGCGUAAAAUUGACUCCCCCAGCUUGGAUCACUUUAGAAAUCCCUCGAUCUCCCCGACAAUUCCAAUCCAUGGCCGGAGCAUCGGACGUGACGUACCCCACGACGGCCGACAUUGUGAUCAUCGGCGGUGGCCUUGCAGGUACUACACAUGCGUGCUCCGGUUUGUCCCGACCAUUUCCAUGAUCCGGUCCUCCAGGCAUGGCCGCCGCGUUGGAAGCGAUCGAUGCGAACGCGGCGUUGCGCGUUGUGCUUCUUGAAAAGGAACCGAAAGUCGGCGGCAACUCGGCCAAGGCGUCGUCCGGCAUCAACGCGGCGCAGUCCAAGGACGACCUCGAUGCGUACCUGCAAGACACACUCAAGUCGGGCGGUGGGUUCACCAACCCUGUCCUGGCGCACACGUUGGUCCAUCAAAGUUUGGAUGGCAUUCGGUUCCUCGAAAGCAAGGGCGUCGACUUGUCGGUGCAAUGCCAGCUCGGUGGCCACUCGACGGAGCGCACGCGCCGCAACAAAACCGGUCCGAACGUCGGGUUUGCCAUCACGUCGGCGCUCAAGAAGGCGAUCGACGCGGCCGCGAGCCAGAUCCAGGUCGUGACCAACGCCAAGGUCACCAAGUUGGUCGCGUCCGGCACCAACGCCGUGUCUGGCGUCGAGUACCGCGUGGACGGCGCCGAUUACGCUGUGUCGACGCCGGCCGUCAUACUGGCCACGGGUGGGUAUUCGGCCAACACGGCGUUGCUGAAAUCGUUGGCGCCGGGCAUGGAGUCGUUUGCGACAACAAACGGGCCGUGGGCGACGGGCGAUGGCUUGGAGCUGGCGACGGCGUUGGGUGCGGCGCUCGUGGACACGGACAAGGUGCAGCUGCAUCCCACUGGGUUCAUCGACCCGAAGGAUCGCCACAAAUCGACUCGGUACUUGGCACCGGAAGCCCUUCGCGGCGCCGGCGGCAUCUUGCUCAACGUGCAAGGCCAUCGGUUCGUGAACGAACUCGCGACCCGGAAGGAAGUGUCGAACGCAAUGUUGGCCCAGCCGGAGAAGCGGUCGUUCCUCGUGUUGCUGCAAACGGACCAAGUCCAGGCGGCGUGUCAGGCGCUGGGGCUCGGCUUUUACGAGAAGAUUGGGCUGGUCAAGGUCGUGCCGACGCUGGAAGGGUUGGCGGACGUCAUGGGGGUGCCCCCGACCGUGCUCGACGUCGAAUUCGACACGUACUUGAAGGGUGCACGUGGAGAAACCAAGGACGCGUUUGGCCGAACGGCGUUUGCCAACGUGACGGAGCUUCGGCCGAUGUAUGUGUUGGAAGUGGAGCCCGUGGUCCAUUACUGCAUGGGUGGCGUACAGAUCAACGAACAUGCCGAAGUGCUGCUGGGCACCCACAACGUCGCAACGGGGCUGUUUGCGGCGGGCGAAGUGUCCGGCGGUCUCCACGGCGGCAACCGCCUCGGUGGCAACUCGCUGACGGAAUGCGUCCUUAGAAAGGAACUGCCUCUUGCAAGGUAUUGA